AGAGCACCUGUAUCAAAGAGAUGUUCAGCCGAGACUUUUGAAUCUCUCCUGAGUUUGAUAGUCAAAGAGCAGACCUUUGUCCUCUGCCUAGGAAGCGGAGUUUCUCUUCCCCUGCCACAAAGAUGUACAGUUCGAGGAAGAAACUCUUUGGGCAGGCCCUGCGUCUCCUGGCAGUCGGGAGCUUGAUGCUGCUCGCUACGGUGGUCCUGAAAUACACCUCUUGGGAGUGCGAAUUCAACGACCUGGGCGAGGACACCAAAGACCCCCGGACGCAACGGUGCAAGGACCAACUCUACCAGUCUCUGAGGCUCUCCCCCAAGAACGAGGCCAACUGCUCUCUGAUCACCAGAGGAGAUGCCAGCACUGUGCAAGAGACGCUGCUGCGGAGACUGCAACAGAAAAACCAGAGGGUCUCGCUAAACGAGAAGGAUUACUUGGACCUGACCCAGAACUGCGGGCUCUUCAAAGAAAGCAGGAGGUUCGUCCAGUUCCCGCUGAGCAAAGAGGAAGAGGACUUCCCCGUCGCUUAUUCCAUGGUGAUCCAUGAGAAGAUUGAGAUGUUUGAAAGACUGCUACGGUCCAUCUACGCCCCUCAGAACAUCUACUGCGUCCACGUGGACAGGAAGGCCCCCGACGCUUUCAAAGAGGCCGUCCGCGCGAUCGCCUCUUGUUUUGAGAACGUCUUCGUCGCAUCUCGGCUGGAAGAGGUGGUCUAUGCCUCGUGGUCCAGGGUCCAAGCCGACCUGAACUGCAUGGGGGAUCUCCUGGCGAGCAAAGUCCGGUGGAGGUACCUGCUGAACACCUGCGGGACCGAUUUCCCCAUCAAGACCAACGCGGAGAUCGUCCGCGCCUUGAAAGCGCUGAACCUGCAGAACAAUAUGGAAUCGGAGAGACCUUCGUCUGGGAAAAUGCUGCGCUGGAAAUAUCGCCAUGAGGUGACGGAUUCUGUGUCGCGGACCGAUACCGAGAAGAGCCCCCCACCACACUCAAUCCAGAUGUUCACCGGCAGUGCGUACAUCGUGGUCACGAGGGAGUUCGUUCAACACAUCCUUGAAGACCCGAUAGCAAAAGAAUUCCUGGAGUGGAGCAAGGACACUUACAGUCCAGACGAGCAUCUUUGGGCCACUCUGCACCGGAUGCCUGGAAUUCCCGGAUCCGUGCCUGCCAACGAUAAAUAUGACCUCACGGACAUGAACGCCAUCGCGAGGGUGGUGAAGUGGUCGUAUUUAGAGGGGGACAUGGCCAAAGGGGCCCCAUACCCUCCAUGCACAGGUGUUUCCCGGAGGGCGGUGUGCGUCUACGGAGUGGGCGACCUGCAAUGGAUGCUAGCUCAACACCAUCUCCUAGCCAACAAAUUUGACCCCACAGUGGACGAAUACGCCCUACAGUGUCUGGAAGAGUAUCUUAGGUACAAGGCGAUAUACGGGAAGGUGCUCUGACGAGGCCGUUCAUCCAUAAGGGGACUAGCUAGGGAGAACCUGGGACAUUUCCUACGCAUCACAACCUGGGACAUUUCCCGCCACACAACAACAGCGGCCACUUCUGAUCGUGGCUGUGAUUGUGUGACUUUAACGGGUCAAAGGGCGAUGCAAAAGAAAAGGUAAAAAGUUGGCGGCGGGGCGGGGUGGGGAGGACAGGAGGAGACAUUCCAGAACGCGCCGUUUCAUAAGCAUUGGCGGCGAAGGCUAGAGUUAAAACUCAGUCUGUUUUAAGCCAGUUCUUUGCCUGCGUGGAGCCUCCUGACCGUUUCAGCCCAGCUGCUUUGGUGCCUUCGUGACAAAGGUUUGCAAAGAAACGUGCUUGGCCCCUCUGCCUUUCUCCUUGUCUGCUCAAAGCUCAGAGAUGGGGAAAGAUCCAUCCCAAGAUGGGCAGCCGGGAUUCAGCAACAUCUAUGGUACGUUCCCCAUCCCAAACCGUUCAAGCCGCACGAGGUUUAGCUGGUGGGAAUGCAGUAGCUAGCCGCGAAGUAAAUAACAGGCUGUGAUGAGUAGAAGAAG